AUGGCGAUUCCGGCAACAGAUAUCGAAAUCGACACCGCCCUUGAAAGCUUUGAUUAUCCAACACCGGACAGUGAAGACAUGCGGUCAGAAUACAAUAUGGCUGAUCGACUCACCAUCGAUGUCGAAUGCCCGCCGUUGGGUACCAGUACAUGCUCAAGCUUCUCACCGAUGGACUCACCCACACCGACUCCUACCUCGCUCUAUAGUCAAGGCUCAUUGGCCUCGCCCGGCUGGCAUGAACGUCAUGGGUACUCUCAUGGAUUAGAGGCUCCUAGGAAUUCAACUCCAUUGAGAAGCAGUUUUCGUCUGGCUGAUAUAACAGCUGGAGAUGGAGUCACGUCACAGUACGACAACGUCGACGCAUACGAACGAAUCCCCCUGUUUGAUUAUAUUUCGGGAUACACCGAUAACGUUGAGCAGUUUUGGGUUCCGCAGGAUAUGUCCAAGUCCUUUGAUCAAGCAACCAACUUCCCCUGCCCACCUCAAAUGGUGCAGCCAUAUCCUCAAAUGACCCGGAACUAUUACCGGCACAACCAAGCUAUCUAUCUACCGGAAUCGGCAUCCAACCCAUGUCUAUCUCGUCCGAUCUUUCAACAAAAUGAUCGUCUACCAAACUCGAUGUCAAUGACCAACAUGGCUCAGUGGAUGCCCUCUGCGGAUAUGAUGCAGCCACAGACUAUAACACCAGCUCAGGCUUUCCCACAGCCGAUGACUCCUCCAUCUUCAUACGCAGGUUUUCCAGGCUCUGCUAAUACACUACGGACACAUACCCCCGUAACACCUGUUCGAUCGUGCUCCAUGGGCUCAGGAGCAGAUACUCCCAUGACCCGGCUUUCAGGUGGUCCCAGUGACCAUACGGAUGAAGAAUGGAUCUCGCCAGGCUUGAGGGAGAGUCUACGACAUCGCCAGCCCCAGCGACAACUCCCCAAGAAAACACUCAAGAAGUCACUGUCGAAGCAGAGUCUAAAAUUAGAGCACCUUCCUUCAAUCAUUAAGCAAGUACAAUUCCGAUGCAAGGAGCCUGGAUGCAAGGGCCGCUUCAAGAGACAGGAACAUCUUAAGCGACAUAUGAAGAGCCAUUCCAAGGAAAAGCCUCAUGUUUGUUGGGUUCCGGGCUGCAACCGAGCCUUUUCCCGCAGUGACAACCUCAACGCUCAUUACACCAAGACUCAUAGCAAGCGCGGCGGACGUAAUCGAUAUGUCGCCACGCUUGACGAAACUAGUCCCGACUACGAUCCGGAGUUCCGUGGCCAAUUGACACCUGACGGACGUCCAAUCUACGGGUCGAAGUUAGAUGAUCCCAUUCCGAUGGAUAACGACAUGGACGCUGAGUCUUGGGAGGAGUGA